AUAAAUUCAACACGAUAAAGCAAUAAAAAUAAUACAACUUCCUUUACUCUGUAUAAUAAAUGGAUUAGCGAAUCUUUAUCUGUUUGUCGUAUGCUGCAUAUGAGUAUUCUUUAAGCCAAUUUGUCAAACGUAAUUGACCUUUUAACUGGGUCAAAAGCACGCACACAAUAACCCAAGAAAACAUCGCACUUACGAAGCAAAAAGAGUGCAAUGGAAAAUGUAACCAAGAAGACUUGGUGGUGGAAUGGUGCCAGUAACAGUAGUCAGUGUACAGUUAUUUAAAUUGUUACAAUUGCAGCAACAAACACAAUUGCAAGCAGCAACAUUAAAAUUGCAAAAUUGCGGUUGACUGAAGCGAGCAAGCAAUCAAGCAAAAAUAGUCAAAGUUCACCAUACACCAAACAAUGAAUCUCUCAUCCAUGAUGUAUCGUUUAAAUGUACAACAUCCACAACAACAACAACAACAACAACAGUCACAGCAGCAGCAACAGUCACAGCAGCAACAGCAACAACAGCAACAGACGCAGCAGCUACAACAAACUUCGACUACUCAGCAGCAACAACAACAGCAACAAACAACGCAAGUGAUACCAAGUCAUAUACUAUUGCAGCAACAAUUAAAUGCUGCUGCAGCAGCUGCUGCCGCGGCAACAGCUGUUGGCAAUACAGGAGCAAUUUCAUUACAUCCAGCAAAUCCAACCGUAAAUGAUAACAUUGCUGGAGGCACACUUAGUGGUCUCAACGGUGGCACAGUACUCAUACAACAGCAACAACAACCAGCACAUGCACAUACUCAUUCGCAUACUCAUACUCAUCAGCGUCAUAGUCAUAGUCUUAGUGCAACAACUCCAAUAAGUAAUUCCGCCGCGUCUUCCGUUGAAGAUAAAAUCAAGCUACUCUCAACUGCCAUUAAAACUGAACCACUACAUGACGUCAUUGCCUUGACUACAGUCAAUAAUAAGAAUAAUCAUAACAACAAUAACAACAACAGCAAUAACAACAACAUUAACAACAAUAGCAAUAUCGUUGGUCUAACAGUAUCUGCUGCUACAAUGCCACAUAAAGCAACUGCUGUCGGUGGGAAUACAAGUAAAUCAACAGCAACUGUGGCGGCAGUUGUAGCAGCAGCAGCAGCGGGCGGAGCGACAACAAGUGUUAGUCAUUUGAAUAAUGCCAACACUAUAAAUCUUAUUGUUGGUGCGGGCAAUGCAGGCGCGGCAGCAUCUACCUCAGCAGCUGCUGCUGCCAGUGCGGCUGCUGGCAGUGGGUCAAAUGGUCAUUUGGUUUUUGUGCCAUCGAAACGUGCGCGGCUGGAAGGACCCGAUGAUUGGAUUUCGACACCUAGUCCGGGUAGUGUGCCUAGUUCGGCACCACCCUUAAGCCCUUCACCAGGUUCGCAGAAUCACAGCUAUGGAGCUAAUAUGUCUAAUGGCUAUGCAUCUCCUAUGUCUGCAGGCAGCUACGAUCCUUACAGUCCCAAUGGAAAAACUGGUCGUGAUGAUCUCUCACCCUCGAGUAGUCUUAAUGGCUACUCAACUAACGAAGGCUGCGAUGCCAAAAAGAUUAAGAAAGGACCUGCGCCACGUCUGCAGGAGGAACUUUGUCUUGUUUGUGGAGAUCGCGCGUCCGGUUAUCAUUACAAUGCGCUCACUUGUGAGGGUUGUAAGGGUUUCUUCCGACGGAGCGUUACGAAGAAUGCAGUUUAUUGCUGCAAAUUCGGACAUGCCUGUGAAAUGGAUAUGUAUAUGAGACGUAAGUGUCAAGAAUGUAGACUGAAGAAAUGUUUAGCCGUGGGUAUGCGGCCGGAAUGUGUAGUACCCGAAAAUCAAUGUGCAAUGAAACGACGUGAAAAGAAGGCACAAAAAGAAAAGGAUAAACAGCAAACAUCGCCGUCGGUUAAUACCAGCGAUGUUAUAAAAAAAGAAGUGCUCGAACUGAUGAAAUGUGAACCGCCAACACAUCAAACAUGUCCGUUAUUACCUGAAGACAUUGUAGCAAAAUGUCAAGCGCGCAAUAUACCUUCACUUACAUACAAUCAAUUGGCGGUUAUAUAUAAAUUGAUUUGGUAUCAGGAUGGCUAUGAACAGCCAUCAGAGGAGGAUCUCAAACGUAUUAUGAUUUCACCUGAUGAAAAUGAGAGUCAGAAUGAUGUCAGUUUCCGACACAUAACCGAAAUCACCAUUUUAACAGUACAACUGAUCGUGGAAUUCGCGAAAGGUUUGCCUGCAUUUACAAAAAUUCCUCAAGAGGAUCAAAUAACGUUAUUAAAAGCCUGCUCCUCUGAAGUGAUGAUGUUGCGUAUGGCCCGUCGCUAUGAUCACAAUUCGGAUUCGAUUUUCUUUGCCAAUAAUCGUUCGUAUACCCGUGAUUCAUACAAAUUAGCCGGUGUGGCUGAUAAUAUUGAGGAUUUAUUGCAUUUCUGUCGGCAAAUGUACGCAAUGAAAGUCGAUAAUGUCGAGUAUGCGCUACUCACUGCCAUUGUGAUCUUCUCCGAUCGACCGGGUCUUGAAGAAGCUGAACUAGUCGAAGCGAUACAAAGUUACUACAUCGAUACACUGCGCAUUUAUAUAUUAAACCGACAUUGUGGUGAUCCAAUGAGUAUAGUUUUCUUUGCGAAACUGCUCUCCAUUCUAACCGAAUUACGUACAUUGGGCAACCAGAAUGCCGAAAUGUGUUUCUCAUUGAAAUUGAAAAACCGUAAACUGCCGAAAUUCCUGGAAGAAAUAUGGGAUGUACAUGCGAUACCACCACAAGUACAGUCACACAUACAAAUGACACAAGAGGAACGGGAAGCGCAAGCAUCCACAUCAGCGGCGGCUGCGGCUGCUGCCGGAGUACAAGCAACCUCAACCAGCUCCUCGGCGGCGAUAACAAUGUCAGCGACAUCCACAACGCCUAUCGGCAUGCUACCAACCACUUCAACAGGUUUGAAUGGUGGCCUCACGACAAAUAUGUAUGGCGGGUCGCCGACUAUAGGUAUGAUGGGUGUUACAUUGAAACAAGAGCAUAUGUUAGGAGACGAGAAUAGUACGGCGGCAUAGCAGCAAUCUUUGCUGCUUCAAGCUGAGCUGGACGAUAGCGUAGUGGUCAGUGUGGGUAUGGGUGGGCUAGUAGCAGACGGCGGGGGCGUGGUACUGCUUGAGGGCGGGCUAGAGUGAGUUUGUAACGCACUCGACUAGUUUAAUGUUUUUAAUUUCCUUUAUUUAUAUAAAAACUGUUAGACUUGAAGUAUAUGUAAAAUGUGCGUAUGUGAUUAUUGUGGGGCUUCGAAAAGUAUGGGCGGGCUUAGCGUUACGGCAGCUAAAAUUGUGCAAAAGCGAACGAGCAAGAAAAGAAUAUUAAAAUGAAAUUGUAAAAUGAAAAAAUUAUUAUUAAAAACUAAAAUUAAUAAAAUGCAGUUAUUUAGUCUUAAGUUUACAUGAAGAUGAAAAUUUAAUAUAAAUUGAA